CUGCAGAGAAUGAGAAACCUUUGCCUAGUAAUAGGCAGCUGAUAAUAAGAAUAUUCUGUAAUAAUUUAUCCACUGAGGAGCAAAGGGGGAUCAUGUCUGUGGCCUUUGCAUCAGCCAGACCCAGAGGCAAGGGAGAGGUCACCCAGCAAACUAUCCAGAAGAUGCUGGAUGAAAACCAUCACCUAAUACAAUGUAUCAUGGAUUAUCAGAGCAAAGGCAAGACUGCUGAGUGUACUCAAUACCAACAAAUCCUGCACAGAAACCUAGUGUAUUUAGCCACAAUUGCCGACUCUAACCAGAACAUGCAGUCUCUUCUUCCUGCGCCUCCCACUCAGAAUAUGAACCUGGGACCAGGAGGGAUGUCCCAGACAGGCCCCAGCCAGACCCUGCACUCUCAAGGGAACUUGAGUGAAGCUUUGGGAUCCAGCCUGCCACCCUCUUCAAUUAUGCAGGGUCAGAUCAGCAAUGGACCAAACCAUGUGUCCAUGCAGCAGUCUGGCCAAACCACUUUGCCCACCACUACCAUGAGUAUGGCUGUGAGUACCCAUGGCAGUGCCCCUGGAUAUAGCCACACCGUGCCAAGCUCUCAGAAUGUGCCCAUGCAGAAUCAAGGGAGCAUUGGCAAUUAUGUGUCAAGAGCAAACAUGAACAUGCCAAGCAACCCAGUGACCAUGAUGCACCAGCAGGCCACAAGCUCCCAUUACACUUCGGCACAGGCAGGCAGCCAGCAUUACCAGGGACAGCCUUCGAUCGCCAUGAUGAACCAGAGCAGUCAAGGAAGCAGCAUGAUGGGCCAGAGACCACUUGGACCCUACAGGCCCUCUCAGCAAGGCUCUUCCCAGCAGUACCUUGGGCAGGAGGAAUAUUACAGCGAACAGUAUGGCCACAGUCAAGGCUCUUCAGAAGCCAUGACCCCACAAUACUACACUGAUGCAGGGCAUGGGGACUACUCCUACCAGCAGUCGUCAUAUGGGGAGCAGAGCUACGAGCGGACGUUUGAGGAUUCCUCUCAGCAUUACUACGAGGGAGGAAAUGCGCAGUACAGCCAGCAGCAGACAGGAUACCAGCAAGGGAGUGGCCAGCAGCAGGCGUAUUCACAACAGCAAUACUCUAAUCAACAGAACUACCCUGGGCAGCAGCAAGGAUAUGUUCCAGCACAAGGGGCAUCCUCUCAAUAUUCUGGCUACCAGCAAGGUCAAGGCCAGCAGUAUGCCAGCUACCGGACUUCCCAGACGACAUCCACCGCCCAGCAACAGAGGCCUUAUGGCUAUGAGCAGGGUCAGUAUGGAAAUUACCAGCAAUAAAGGAAUCAGCCAGCCAAUUGCUCCUCACACAGUGGCUUCCGGGAAACAAUUGGGCAGAACUGUGCAGGGUGCUUGUAUAUAUUCUGCUCCUCACCUCAUAGCACAAUGGAACUGAGGAUAACGGGCAUGGACGCUCCCUCAUAAAGAACUUGAUUUUUUCAUGAAGGCAACUGAUUGUACAAACAUGGUUCAUUUCCUCAUAGGUGGCUUAGGGUUUGAGGUCAUUGAACCUCAUCUCAGUCCAAGGAACCAGUAUGACCAGAAGCCAAAUCUAGAGACUACUUGGUGAUUAAACUACAGGGGAACAUGCUAAUUUGCAAUAAGAUGCUGGUGAGGUUCCACAUGCCUAUGUGUCAUCUGUGCAGAUCCCCAGGUGGCAUCUAGCAUGUCUGCCAUUUUUCUACUGCCCUCCAUUUAUGGUAUAGACAGUCAUCUCUGGCACCCCAUAUACCUCCCUGUAGGCACUUAUAAUCUAAUAUUGUCCAUUUACAUUGUACUAUCCAGCUAUGAUGAUUGAUGACAAUGAUAAGAUGACUGCACUCUUUUCUGCUUGAAUUUUAGCCAUCUUCCUAGAUGGAAACCCAAUGUGAUUAUAUGAUAGAUGUGAUCCAAGAAGGCUCAAGGGUGUUCCAGAUUCUAUAGAAGCUAGACCCAAGAUGUCUGCACAAUGUUCUUGGCCCAAUCUUAGAAUCCAUAUAAAAACCAAGAUAACUGGAGGCUGUUCUUAAUCCAUUUAGAAGCUAGACGUGAUCCCAAAUGGCUGCACAUUGUUCUGCAUGGAUGUGCAGCCAGGAUCGAAGACGGCUGCAAGAUGUUCUUGUUCCAAUACAUAAGGAAGCAAUUCAUAACUGAAGAUGUUCUUGGCCUGUUCCAUUGGGAAGUCCCUUUUUGUAGACUGUGAGUUUCUACCUUCAUUCGUGUUCCGGUGAUGUUCUUGAGUCCAGUGUCUCCAUUGAGUGCACCAGAGAAGAAAUUCUGUAGGCUCAACCCGUUGUUUAUAUGAUUGGCAGCUUGUGUGUUUUAUGCAAAAUUUAGCGUUGUUUUUUUUUUUGUGUGUGACAUGUACUGUAUUUCGGCACCCACAGAGCUUACAUUCUAAUACCUGACUCGACCAGCCCAAGAACUCAUUCAAUCUGAAAGAAACUGAACUCACUUUUUUUGCUCUGUGUGAGUUUUGAAGCUGUUUAUUGGCAUUGUUAGUUAUAAACCAGUUUAAAUGCUAACAUGGAAGGCUGCAGGACAAAACAGUUGCACUUUUGCUAUUUACAUUGAUUUGGUUUUAUAUUUUUAUUAUUUUGUCAGUUGUACAUUGCUAUCAUCAUUAAUCUGUAAAACGAGCACCCCUUUCUGUUCUGUGCAGCUCAGCGCUCUUUUUUUAUUUUUUUUACCCGGAUUGGUACAUUUUUAUUCUAAAAAAACGUAAUGUUUGGAUUCACUUGGGUGUAGAUACCGUAUAGACACCCAGUGAAUUCAGCCUUCUAUGUCUGUUAAGUUACUUAAGCAGGAGGCAUCCCCUGACACGCUCUGCUCAGUUAUACUACUCUUGUCACACUGAAAAAUAGGACUGAGCAGAGAAGUGUCCAGGGAUACUUCCAGCAUAAGUAACAUAAGCUUCUAGCUUGCUGGGCAGCUGGACAGAAUAACAUCUAAAGGUGGCCAUACAAGAUAAGAUCCACUCGUUUGGCGAGGUCGCAUAAGCAUAACCCUUCACCCCCCCAGCCGUACAGUGGUUGUACAGUGGUUGCAAGAUUGAGAGAUGUUAUUCUUGUACCCUAACUUUGGAUGAGAGCAUGUAAAUUAAAGGAGAAGGAAAGGCUGAGUUAACUUGGGGGUGCCAAAAGUUAUGCACCCCCAAGUGAUUGUAUUUACUUACCUGAAACCUCCAGGCCGGUGCUCCUAUCAGCAGAAAACUGAACUGGUCCGGGGGUCCUUCCAGCGAGCACCACGGACUGAUUGCUUCCUUCUUCUUGUUUUUUCUCUUUAUUUAAUUUUUUUCCCCAACAAGUACAUACAUUGUAUCUUCAUAUAAUUCUCUAAGGAGUAAGAUCUAGCAUUAAAGGGGUGGGUCAACUUUAAGGUAGCUUUUAUUAUGUUAUAGAACGGCCAAUUCUAAGCAAUUUUUCAAUUGGUUUUCAUUUAUUUAUUUUAUAUGUUAUAUAUAGUUAUUUGCCUUUUCCUUCUGACUCUUUGCUGCUUUCAAAUGGGUGUCGCUGACCCCUUCUAAAAAACAAAUGCUAUGUAAGGCUACAAAUGUAUUGUAAUUGUUACUUUUUAUUACUCGUCUUUCUAUUCUGACUUCUCCUAUUCAUAUUCCAGUCUCUUUUUCCAAUCAAUGCAUGGUUGCUAGGGCAUUUGGACCCUAGGUACCAGAUUGCUUAAGAUACAAUUUGAAGAGCUGCUGAAUAAAAAGCUAAAUAACUCAAAAACCACAAAUAAUAAAAAAUGAAAACCAAUUAGUCCUAGACAAUGUAGGCUUUAUGUUUUGGUCUUAGAGAUAAUUCUAUAGGUGCUUUCUUUGACUCGAGGAUAAUUCAAUGGAAACUGUGAAAGUCAAGUUAAGCCACUGCUUGUUGGGUUUGGGGAGUGAAGGAAGCAAAGCUUCAAUGGAAACUAUUCAGACAAUUCCAAUGUGCAGUAUCCAGGGGUGGGUUAUUUUGUAUUUAUUUGCUCUCAGUGUCUCCUAUAUAGUUUGUUAGCAGCUCCAGGGGUGGGGAAUCGCGCUUUGUGAUGUAAAAAUGUUCUUUAUUUGCCACCUCUGUAUUUCUGAAUGUUUGGAAAACAUGUCUUUUAUGAAGAAAGAUUUCAAAGAACAGUGUCCUACUGAAUCCUUUCUCCCCCGACUUAUUAAUUAUCCUUUAUUUAUGGAACGCAGACAUAUACAGAUUCACUCACGUCUGAAAGCGUCUGCUACUAGUGAUGGGCGAAUUUGUAGCGAAACGAGAAUUUUUAGGCUGGCGUCAAAUUUUUUUUUGCGACAAUUUGACGUGCAUUAAAGUCAAUGGGUGCCUUUAAUUGUCAAAAAAAAUGUAUUUGCCUGCACGAAACGCGGAAAUUUGCCGCAAAUUCGUGCCUGCCGAAUUAGUUCGCCCAUCAUUAUUUGUUACUGGAGGGCAAUGGAAAAUGUAUGCUCUUCCCAAAUCUGAAACAAUACCCACUUUCCAUUAUUUUUGCAUUGCAUUUAGUGGCGUAACUAUAGAGGAAGUGAACCCAGCAAUAGUGAGGGGACCCAGACAGCGGGCCUGCUUCCUUAAGGGUCAGGCCACAUGAACAGAUUCGGGGAGAUUAGUCGCCCCAUCGAAAAAUCUCCUCUUCUUUGGGCGACAAUCUCCCCGAACUGCCUGCUCUCCACCGGCUACAAUGAAAAUCUUCAUUUUAGCCAGUGGAGGGCAGUUGGAAGGCAGUUCGGGAGAAUGUUGCCCGGAAGAAGAGGAGAUUUGUCGCUGGGGCGACUAAUCUCCCCAAAUCUGCUUGUGUGGCCUGACCCAGCAGGAAGUUGGGGACGCAAGGGGGCAGAAGGAGUGAGUCCGGGAAGGUUUGGUUGUACAUGCUGGGCCCCUCUGAAGAUUUUAUUUUGUGUGGGGUGGAGCCAUGUAGUUACACCACUGUGUUGCCAGACAACUACUCUGGUACAAAGUAUAUGGAAUGAGACCUAUUAUUUGGAAACCUGUUUUCCAAAAAAGGUAUGAAAUACAUAAGUCAUUAUCUAAAUAGUCCUAUUGAAGCAAAUAUUAUUCUUUUAAUUAUUGUUUUUUCUGCAUAAAAAUAUAAGAGUACUUUAUACUUGAUCCCAACUCAGAUACAAGUAAUACAAAUUGAAGGCAAAACAAUCCUGAUUUCAUGUAUAAAUACAAAAUAUAUAAUUUUUACUAGACAUAAGGUAUGAUGAUCCAAAUUACGAAAAAAUUGGGAAAACCCCAGGUCCCUACCAAUCAGCUGCCUUGCAGCAUUGUUUCAGGUGGCAGAACCAACAGUACAGAGAAACACAAACACAGCUCCCUGACCUGGCUUUUACCGGCCUGGCAGGUAAAAAUGAUGGUUGAUCUCAAUGUUAUUAGAGGGGAAGUAAAGUCUAAAACAGAAUAAGGCUAGAAAUGCUGUAUUUUGUAACAUAAACAUGAUCUUACUGCACCACAAGCCUAAUCAAACAAAUAAUUUAUGCUUUCAAAGUUGGCCACAGGGGGUCACCAUCUUGUAACUUUGUUAAACAUCUUUGCAAGACCAAGACUGUGCACAUGCUCAGUGUGGUCUGGGCUGCUUAGGGAUCAUCAUAAAAUUAUCAAAACAGCACAAGUCAAAUAAUAUCUGCCAGAAGCAAAACUGAUUAAUAAUCAGAAUAUACAGACUGCACUGGGUCCUGUGUUGUCAUGUAAUCUAAAGUAGAUUUUAUAGUUUUUGUAUUGUUUAAUACAAACUUUCUCCAACUCUGCAGAUACAGUGGCUGCAGCAAAAUAAUCCUCCAAAUAGAAUCCCAGUUUAUCUGUUUAAAUCUGACUCCAUGAUCUUUGUCUCUGCAGCUGGAGUUGGAAACAUUAAUGGGGAUGUAAAGGCAAAAAUAAAAUCCAAAACAAAUCUCUACACAGUCAACGACUGCUCUACAGGGAAACAAACAAAGCUGCUUAAGUUCUGCAUGGCUGGGAAGUAAGGCGGGGGCUCCCCCUGCUGUUCAUAAAUAUGAUUGUUUCCCUGCAGAGCAGUUAGGGACCAUCUGACAAUUCCUAUCCACAGCAGUAAAUGAAGGGAAAAUUUCACUGCAUACAGUCAGGUUUCUUAUAAAAAUGGUACACAUUUUUUAAUUAAAGUAUAUUGAAGAUAGGUUUAUUUUUCACUAAAGUAAAAAUGGGAUUUUAUUUUUUUGCCUUUACAUGCUCUUUAAUAGGGAAAAAAGAUAAAUAUAUAGGAAGGCCGGUAUUUAGGAUGAUUUGAAGCAGACUGUCCAUGCUCAGCAGCCAUCAAAUUUAACUGAACUGGAGAGAUUUUGUAUGGACGAAUGGUCAAAAACACUGUCAUCCAGACAUUCAUCAAAGGCUAUAGGAGGCGUCUAGAGGCCGUUACAUUUGCAAAAGGAGCUCAACUAAGUAUUGAUGUAAUAUCUCUGUUGGUGUUCCCAAAUUUAUGCACCUGUCAAAUUUUGUUAUGAUGCAUAUUGCAUAUUAUCUGUUAAUCUAAUAAACAUUAUGUCACUGCUGAAA